UCAGACCUAUCAAAACUUUCUCUACCUUCUAAUUUUUUUUCAAAACUUUUGGGCUUCCCGAGCUAUGAACCCAGUGCGUGUCCGUGUCCUUCGUCUCGACCCGACCCGCUGAUUUAGCUUGAUCGGAAGAAGAAGAAGAAGAAACCGCCGUGUGUGUUUCCUGGAUCGUAAUAAUGGUAGCUCUCUUCGUCAUGUUUAUCUUCACGAUCGCCGUGAUCGUCGCACUCCUUUGGGCUUUCUUCAAGUCACUCCCUUGGAUUCUCCAGCAUUCUGCUGGAAUAACUCUAAGCUUUCAAUUUGAUAGAUGGAAUUGCUUGAAGGAUGUUUCAUUGCAUUUCAAGAAGGGUUCUAUUGAAUCUGUCUUCGUUGGAGAAUUUAAGGCCAAUCUAAGUCAAUCUCUGGUUGAACUUUGUGCUACGGCUUUUAUCCAGGAUCCUAAAGUAAUAUUCUCUAUAUGUGACCUGAAAAUAGUAACUAGAGCCUCCAACUCAAGUAAAGGUCCUCGCAAAUCAAAGACUCGGAAACCGCGUUCUGGUGGCAAAGGAAAGUUGAUGCUAUUCGCUAAUAUUGGCAGAUUCUUUUCAGUCUCCAUGACAAAUACGGUUGUGCAGACACCUAAAGCUACAGCAGAAAUCAAGGAGUUGGAGCUCGAUAUAUCUAAGGACAGAGGGUCAGGGAAUUUUUUCAUCAAACUGUACCUAUUGCCGAUAUUUGUACAGAUUGGCGAACCACAUGUUACUUCCACUCAUUCACCUGAUAUGAACAGUGACAUUAGCCUCAAUAGGCAGACAUCUUCCCAAAGAGCAGAGGGCUCUGCUUCUUCUUCUUCUUUGCAUUGUGAAAAGCUCUCCCUCUCCUGCGAAUUUGGUCACAAUAGACAAUCUAGUCCAAGUAUAAAAAAUGUGGAAGUAGACCUAGCUGAUGCUGUUCUUAACCUUAAUGAGAAGCUGCUGUUGAAAAAAAAAUCGUCGACAAGUGCUGCUUCCACAGGUGAAGCGAUUGAAUCAAGUUCUGGUCACACCACUUCAGAGAAGCCUCCAAAACAACCAAUAAACUUUUUGGUUGCAAAGCAUGCUUUAAAAUUCCCUGAGAAGGUUUUAUUUGAUUUUUCGAAGCUUGAAAUCAGAUUUGUGCAUCAAGAACAUGGUUUUUCUAUCGCGAAUAGCAUAACAGGCUUUCAGUUGAGAAGUGCUAAAACUCGAUCCGGUGAAGAUGGCAGGGAAGAAACAUGUCUUGAUUUUGUCAUGGAACUCCGGAAGAUGCAUCUUUUCAGAGAAUCUGAUGUUUCUGUCUUGGAGAUGACAAAAUUUGGAGUUUUCUCCAAGGUGUAUUGUCCAAUACAGGAAUCUUUCCCUGUUAGAGCUGAGGUUGAGAUUAAGCUGGCAAGUAUACUUUGCAACAUUAUAAUGACGAGAUUUGAGCCGCUGUUGCGUUUGCACUUCUCUAAAAAGAAAAAGAUGGUUCUCAAAGAGGAAACACCUAACAUCGUAAAAUCAGAAACUACUGGUCGUAAGGCUGUGGCUGUGGUAUGGAAAUGUGCCACCUCAGCCCCUGAUGUGACGGUGGUGCUAUACAAUCCUGGCGGUUCUCCUAUAUACCAAUGCGGCUUAGAUUCAUUUCAGGUCACUGCAGAUAAUAUGUCACCUAGGGGAACAGUUGUACAGAUGGAGCUAAAUGAACUGAACUUAUGCAUGGUAGAUGAACACCAGGGAUGUUUGAAAGAAAGCCUCUUUGGUUUAGAGUCAACCCCAGGUUCUUUAAUCAAUAUAAGAAAGGUCAGAUCGGAAAUGGGCAAGAAACCUGAGGUUGUUGAUGGUAAACAAACAUUGGUGGUUGACGUAUCAGAAGUCAGCCUGCUAUUUUCUUUCAGAAGUUUUGAAGCACUUGUAGUAAAUGCAAUGUCAAUUCAGGCUGUCAUCAAAAGUUUAACUGGUGCUAGCAAUAAGAACAGACAGGAAAAAGUGGUACAUAGAUCGAAGCCAUCGGGCAGAGGUACUCAACUCUUGAAGCUCAAUGUUGAACGUUUCUCUUUGAAUUUCGCUGGUGAUUCAAGCCUGGACAAUACAGUCAUUGAUGAUCCUAAACGUGUCAAUUAUGGAUCACAAGGUGGAAGAGUAAUAAUUAGUGUCUCAGCUGAUGGCACACCUCGAACUGCCACUGUUUUCUCUACUUUGUCCAAGGAACAUGAGAAGUUGAAGUACAUAAUUUCGUUUGAAUUACUCAAAUUCAGCUUUACUCUAAACAAGGAGAAUCAGUCUACACAGGUAGAACUUGAAAAGGCAAAGUCGAUCUACCAGGAAUUUUUGGAGGAACCUCACCAAGGAAGCCAGAAGCAUUCUGAAUUAGAAGUUCCUCAAGAUGACCCAGCUAAACAGCCUUCCACGGGAGAUGGAAAUCUCACUUCCCAAUCUAAGGAGCCUGUGGAAGUUCAUUCACCUUCAUCAGAACCAAUUAAAACAGAGAGCUUUGCAUCUUUCCCACUUGGAGCCGCAAAAACUGGCAAUUCAAAUGGUUCAGAGGAAGAAGGAACUCGUCAUUUUAUGGUGAACGUUGUUGAGCCACAAUUCAAUCUCCAUUCAGAAGACAUAAAUGGUAGGUUUUUGCUCGCUGCUGCCAGUGGCCGUGUUUUAGCACGAUCAUUUCAUCAAGUGGUUCAUGUUGCUUAUGACAUGAUUGAGAAGGCAGCUCAAAAUGAAAAUGAUCACAAUCCUCCUGAAAAUGGCACUGACAUGACAUGGACACGCAUGGAAGUGUCCAUGAUGUUGGAGCAUGUUCAAGCUCAUGUGGCACCGACAGAUGUCGAUCCAGGAGCUGGGGUGCAAUGGCUCCCAAAGAUUAGAAAAAGAUCCCCAAAGGCAAAGCGCACUGGCGCACUGCUUGAAAGGGUUUUUAUGCCGUGCGAUAUGUACUUUCAAUACACCAGGCACAAAGGUGUGACUCCCGACCUGAAGGUGAAGCCACUGAAAGAGCUUACUUUCAAUUCUCGUAAUAUUACAGCAUCGAUGACAUCACGUCAGUUUCAAGUUAUGUCGGACGUUUUGUCCAAUCUUCUGCUUGCAAGGUUACCAAAGGCUCGUAACGACAGUUUAAAACUUUCUGGUGAAGAAGAUGAUGAAGUUGAAGAGGAAAUUGAUGAGGUAGUUCCUGAUGGCAUUGAGGAGGUGGAACUUGCGAAAGUUGAACUUGAACAGAAAGAGAGGGAUAGGAUGUCGCUUCUUGAUGACAUUAGAAAAUUGACGCAGAGCGAAAGUAACUCUGGAAACAUAAAUCUCGAAAAGGAAAGCGAUUUCUGGAUGAUCACUGGUGGGAGGCCAGUAUUGGUGGAGGGACUGAGGAAAGCGUAUACCAGUGUGCAACAAUCUAGGAAGACAGCAUAUACAGCACUGCGGACUUCUGUGAAGAAUGCUGCGGAGUUAAGGUUGUUGGAAAAAGAUAAGAACAAGAGACCAUCCUCUGCCAUGCGUAUUUCCUUACAAAUCAGCAAAGUCAUCUGGUCUAUGGUUUUAGAUGGAAAAACAUUCGCUGAGGUUGAAAUAGACAAUAUGAUUUAUGAUUUUAACCGGGACUACAGAGACAUUGGGAUUGCCCAAUUCACAACGAGAUAUGUUGUCCUGCGGAACUGUCUGCCUAAUGCCAAGUGUGAUACUGUUCUAUCAGCUUGGAAUCCUCCUCCGGAAUGGGGCAAGAAAGUGAUGUUACAGGUAGAUGCAAGGCAAGGAAUCCCAAAAGACGGACAGGCUCCUUAUGAACUGUUCCAGGUCGAAAUCUAUCCUCUAAAAAUCCAUUUGACAGAAACAAUGUACACAAUGAUGUGGGAGUAUAUCUUUCCAGGAGAGGAGCAACAUUCACAGAGAAGGGAGGAAGUUUGGAAAGUGUCGACAACCUCAGGUUCAAAGCGAGUCAGGAAGGGUUCAUUUGCUGAAGCGGCAGCGUUGCUCUCUACAUCUGAUCUAAGCCAGGGGUCAAAGAAUCAAAACCUAAAGUCAAGCACGAUUCGUGGUUCAGGGAGAGAACUGAGAAGAACAUCCUCUUUUGACAGAUCAUGGGAGGAGACUGUGGCAGAAUCUGUAGCUACUGAGCUUGUUCUAUCCAAUAUGAAGGAUUCGAAAACUUCCAAAGCUGGCCGUUCAGUUCAUGAAGAAAAGAAGGGGGAAAAGUCAUUGGAAGACAAGAAAUCUAGACCCCAAAAGAUAAUGCAAUUCCAAACCAUCAAGAUUAGUCAGGUGGAAUUGUUGAUCACUUACGAGGGCUCAAGAUUUGUGGUGAACGAUAUGAAGCUGUUGAUGGACACAUUUCAUCGUGUUGAAUUCAGCGGCACAUGGAGGAGACUCUUCUCUCGAGUAAAGAAGCACAUUAUAUGGGGAGUGCUCAAGUCGGUAACCGGAAUGCAAAUGAAGAAAUUCAAAGACAAAACUCAUGUUCCAAAAGAGGAGAUUGGUUUAAGAGACAAAGACGAGUCAGGGAGAUCAGAUCAGGAUUCAGGGGCAUGGGAAAAGCGCCCUGGAGAAAAUGCAGGUGAUGGAUUUGUCACAUCGAUUAGAGGUAUUUUCAAUACCCAAAGGCGAAAGGCCAAGAAAUUUGUGCUUCGGACAAUGAGAGGCGAAGCAGAAGACAACUUCCCAGGGGAAUGGAGUGACAACGAAUCAGAAUUCUCCCCCUUUGCAAGACAAUUGACGAUUACUAAAGCUAAGAAACUCAUCAGGCGUCACUCUAAGAAGUUCCAAAAUCAAAACACUACUAAAGGUUCUAAGAUGCCUCAACAACUCUCGCCUACUCUGUCUCCUCCUAAGGAAGAUGAUGACCAUUACGAUAGUGACUCUUCCAGUGGAUCGUCUGCUUAUGAAGAGUUUCUUGACCAGAAUCAGAUUUAAGAUAGAAUUCAAAAUUUUUUGCUUCCUAUAAAUUUUGUAAAGAGUUGCACAUUAUUAUUAUUACAUUACGUUUACACUCUUUAAAGAUAGCUUACACGUCCACUGUACGAGCUUAGUGUUAAUGACAGAUGACUGGACAUGGAAGAAAAAGGUUUUGUUUGGGAAAUAUACAUUUUUGUUGUAAAAGUAAGAAUGAAAGUAGAGAACUUGAGGUUUUGUU